AUGGAGACCCCGAGCGCAGCCGCGCCCGCGCCGGCGCAGCCCGAGGGCGAGAAGCUGAGUAAGAAGGCGCAGAAGAAGGCCGAGAAGGGCAAGCUCAAGCCGGCCAAGGAAAAGGACCCGAACCGCUGGGCGCCCAAGAAGGAGAAGGAGGUCAAGCCCGUGAAGGAGGUCGCGCCGGAGCAGGAGUUUGUCAACCUCACGCCGGUCGGCGAGAAGAAGGACAUGACGACCGAGAUGGCGACGGGCUACCAGCCGGUGGCCGUCGAAGCGGCGUGGCAGGCGUGGUGGGAGAAGGAAGGUUACUUCCGCUGCGACGACGCCAAGAUCAAGAACGCGCCCAAGGACAAGCGCUUCGUCAUGGUCAUUCCGCCGCCCAACGUCACGGGUUCGCUGCAUUUGGGCCAUGCGCUCACGGUCGCCGUCCAAGAUACGCUUACGCGCUGGCACCGCAUGUUGGGCCACGCGACGCUCUGGGUGCCCGGUACCGAUCACGCCGGUAUUGCCACGCAGUCUGUCGUCGAGAAGCGCCUCAUGAAGGACGAGGGCAAGUCGCGCCACGACCUUGGUCGCGACGCGUUCUUGGACCGCGUGUGGGAAUGGAAGAACGAGUACGAGACGCGGAUCCACCACCAGUUCCGCAAGGUCGGCUGCUCGGUCGACUGGGAGCGCGCGUACUUCUCGAUGGACGACCGCUGCACGCGUGCGACCAUGUCGGCGUUCAACAAGCUCUUUGACGAAGGCCUCAUCUACCGCGCGACGCGCAUGAUCAACUGGAGCUGCAAGCUCAAGACGGCGAUCUCGGAUAUUGAAGUCGACUACCUCGACCUCGAAGGCCGCACCAAGCUCGCCGUGCCGGGGCACAACCCGGACCGCAAGUACGAGUUUGGCGUCAUCACGUCGUUUGCGUACCCGGUCGAGAACUCGACCGAGCAGCUCAUCGUGGCCACCACGCGUCUCGAGACGAUGCUCGGCGACUCGGCCGUCGCCAUCCACCCGGAAGACCCGCGCUACAAGCACCUCCACGGCAAGUUUGUCGUUCAUCCGUUCAACAACCGUCGCAUCCCGAUCAUUUGCGACGCCGAGCUCGUCGACAUGAGCUUCGGGACGGGCGCGGUCAAGAUCACGCCGGCGCACGACCCGAACGACUACGAGUGCGGGAAGCGCCACAACCUCGAGUUUAUCACGGUCAUUGACGACGAUGGCAAGAUCAACCCGAACGGCGGGUCGCUCUUUGAGGGCAUGAUGCGCUACGACGCGCGAGUGGCGAUGGAGAAGGCGCUGGCGGAGAAGGGCCUCUUCCACGGCAAGGCCGACAACAAGAUGCGUCUCGGUAUCUGCUCGCGCUCGGGCGACAUUGUCGAGCCGCUUGUCAAGCCGCAGUGGUUUGUCAACUGCCAGCAGAUGGCCGACGACGCGAUGGCCGCCGUGCGCAACAAGGAGCUCACGAUUCUGCCGGAGCACCAUGAAAAGACGUGGUUUCGCUGGCUCGAAAACAUCCGCGACUGGUGCAUCUCGCGCCAGCUCUGGUGGGGCCACCGCAUCCCCGCCUACUUUGCGACCAUCAAGAACGAGCCGUAUGUCGACCCCAACUCGGAGGCCAACGUCCACCGCUGGGUUGCUGGCACGUCGGAGGCCGAUGCGCGCGCCAAGGCGGCUGCUAAGCUCCAGGUGCCCGAGGCGCAGAUUGAGCUCAAGCAGGACGACGACGUGCUUGACACGUGGGUCUCGGCCGGUCUCUUUCCAUUUGCGGUGUUUGGGUGGCCGGACAACAAGGAGGAGAUGGCCGACUACUACCCGACCGACCUCCUCGAGACGGGCUACGACAUCCUCUUCUUCUGGGUCGUGCGCAUGGUCUUUAUGGGCCAGAAGCUCACGGGCAAGCUGCCCUUCCACACGGUGUACCUGCACUCGAUCGUCCGCGACAAGUAUGGCCGCAAGAUGUCCAAGUCGCUUGGCAACGUGGUCGACCCGCUCGAGGUCAUUGCCGGCUGCACGCUUGAGACGCUCCUCGAAAAGCUCGAGAGCGGCAACCUCCCGCCCAAGGAAAUCGAGAAGGCCAAGAAGGGCCAGAUGGCCGACUUUCCCCAGGGUAUUCCCGAGUGCGGUGCCGAUGCGCUUCGCUUUGGCCUCCUUGCGUACCAGCAGCAGGUCGGUGACAUCAACUUGGACAUCCAGCGCCUCGUGGGCUACCGCAACUUCUGCAACAAGCUCUGGAACGCGACCCGGUUUGCGAUGACCAACCUCGAGGGCGGCGCAAGCUUCCACGACGGCCUCGCGGCGACUGUUCUCUCGAACAAGUCGGUCGCGCCCCGCGACCGCUUCAUUCUGAGCCGCCUCCACGCGACGAUUGCGGCGGCCAACACGGCGCUGCAGACCUAUGCGUUUGGCGACGUCACGACGGCUCUCUACAACUUUUGGCUCUAUGACGUCUGCGACGUGUACCUUGAGCUCAUCAAGCCCGUCAUUGCCGGUACGGACGCGGACGCCAAGAAGACGGCGCAGGAAACGUUGUUCCUCUGCUUGGAAAUGGGCCUCCGCCUCCUCCACCCGAUCAUGCCGUUCGUGACCGAAGAGCUCUGGCAGCGUCUCCCGGGCAAGCGCGCGACGUCGAGUAUCGUCGUGGCGGCGUACCCGGAAGCGACCGGCGCGAUUGCGACCUGGGCCAACCCGGCCGCCGAAGCCAACAUGGAGCUCAUCAAGGACAUUAUCCAUGCGGGUCGGUCGCUGCGUGCCGAGUACGGCCUCGCGAACGCGGCGCGUCCGCUCUGCUACCUCAAGUGCGCGGACGCGUCGCUCAAGGCGAUCGUUGAGACGCAGGUCGACGACUUUGGCACGUUGGCCAAGGUCGGGUCGACCACGUGCUUGCUCGACACGGCGCCGCCGUCGGGCUGCGCGAUGCACGUGCUCAGCGACAAGCUGCAGCUGCACGUGUCGCUCACGGGCCUCGUCGACUUUGCCAACGAGAUUUCCAAGCUCGAGAAGAAGCUCGAGAAGAUGCUGCCGUCGCUGACUGCGCUCGAGAAGAAGCGCGCGCGCGACGACUACCUCGCGAAGGUCCCGGCCAACGUCCGUGACGCGGACGCGACCAAGUGGGACGCGCUGCAGAAGGAAAAGGUCGCAAUCGAAGGCGCGAUGGCCAUGUUUGCCAAGUGCCAGCUCGAUGAGACCAAGGCCUAA